AUCUCGUCGCACGGGGCGCAGAUGACCAACUUGCUGUUCAUGGACAGGAACAGCAGCAUCAUGGAGUUCUACCCUCUGGGUUGGAAGCAGAGAGCCGGGGGAGGUCAGUACGUGUUCCGGUGGAUGGCGAGCUGGGCCGAGAUGCGGCACGAGGGUUCGUGGUGGGAACCCGUCGGCGAGCCGUGCCCCAACAACCCCGACAUCCUAGACUGCUGGAAGGACCGGCAGAUCGGGCACAAUGAGACCUACUUCGCGCAGUGGGCGGCUAGAGUCUUUGCCGCAGCCAAGGAGCGCAAGACGGGCAAUGCCGUCGGGGAUUCGGAGGGAGGUCCACCGCGAGAAGCGACAGUAUGCAGGUGCAGUUAGUUGCGUUUGCGUUGCUUGGAGUCGGAACAGCUGACCUCAUACCAGGUAUUUAUGAGAUUUGAGAUGAGAGCUCCAAAGGCAUCACCACUGUGAAUGUAAGUAGAAGAUAAGACAAACAGCGAAGGUUACAUGAGAGGAUCUAUAGGCAUGCUGAUAUCUCUAAAGUACAUGAUUAUAAACCACAAGCUCACAGGGUCGGGAGACCCUCCUUUCUCGUUGCCGCCCGGUCCCUAGCCUAUAUAAGGGGAACCGGGCCUUCAUUCUUCUCUCUCGACUCUCACACAUUCAUACCAACGCACACACACUCA